ACACAUUCCUGUUCCCCACUUGUAUUGGAGUGAACGGCGAUAUCUACUUGGGCUCCAUGAAUUUUUGGACCCUUCCACAGCCCGCUAAAACGGAUGCAAUACCAGACUUGGCCGCUAAGCGGAAGUAUGCACUGUCCCUAGGCGCUCUGACUGAAGAAGAGGACGGAGAAGAAGAAAGGGAAGAAGACGCAGCCCGGAAUCUCCACUAUAUAUACUAGAUCAACUCCCACCCUGCGGCCCCCCGCCAGGCCCCUGCUCCUCAUGGCGAGGGUCUUCGUCUACGGCACCCUGAAGCAGGGCCAGCCCAACCACCACCGCAUGUUGGACCCCGCCAACGGCCACGCCCACUUCCUGGCCCCCGCCCGCACCCUGGACCGCUAUCCGCUGGUCAUCGCCGGGGACAACCACAUCCCCUACCUCAUGAACCUCCCCGGGGAGGGGGUGCGGGUGUGGGGGGAGGUCUACCGCGUGGACGAGCGCAUGCUCGGCUUCCUGGACGCCUUCGAGUGCGUUCCCGCCAUGUACCAGCGGACGGUGGUCCGGCUGGAGGUGGAGCGAUGGGAGAAGGGGGCGUGGCCGGAGUCGUCCAAUGAGGACAUUCCGCCCGAGGGGGACACGGUGGAGGCGCACAUGUACAGCACGACCACGUUCGAGCCAGAGUGGCGUGCGCUGCCCACCCACGAGAGCUACGACGCGCACGGGGAACACGGGCUGGUGUACGUUGACCGCGAGUCAAGGCAAUGAAAUUAGGCAUGCCCCCCUGUUUUGUAACCCCCCCCCCCACACACACACACACACACCCCCCACGCACACACCUUCAUAUACUUUGUGAUGUGUAGUAUGUACUAGUGCUGAUUGAUUAAUCAAAUUCAUACCGCAUUCGCAAUGUAAUGGAACGCGAUUUGCAAAUCAGGAAGGCUUUGAUUAAAAAAAACGAAUGUUUUACUUUUUCUUUUACAAUUUUACUUUUUUCAAUAGUUAUAAUAUAGUUAUAUCAAUUCAUCUCAACACUAAGGGAAAGAGCAGUUUAUAUGUUGACGGCUUCCAAUGUUAUGUUGGUCAUACUGUAGAAUGAUUUAUUGAUUGUUUACUGAGUAUUACAGAAUAUAAAGGAACUUUAAAAAGAAAAAUCGUUUGCUAAAUCGCAAUAUUGGUCGGAAUAAUCCCAAUUAGAUUAUCACCCCAAAUUGUUCAGCCAUAUGGUCCAGGUCGAAGGGAUUCAAACAUGGACUCCUCUCUGCUCCUUCUGUGUGUGUGUGUGUGUGUGUGUGUGUGUGUGUGUGUGUGUGUGUGUGUGUGUGUGUGUGUGUGUGUGUACUUAUGUAUGUACAGUAUGUAAUGUGUGUGUGUGUGUGUGUGUGUGUGUGUGUCUGUGUACGUAAACAUGUAAUGUGUGUGUGUGUGGGGGGGAUCAACCGUGGAGUGUACUGGACUCUUCUCUGCUCCUUGAUCAGAGUGGUGAAAUUGGAUAGAAAAGAAUAUACCUCUACUUUGUUAUAAUGUAAAACGUUGACCAGAUAAAUGCAUUGGAUAAUAAUUAAUUAACCAUUACUAACCAAUUAAUAAACCAAUAAUGGUUUGCAAUCAUGCAUAUAGAGGCAGCCAACCUACCAUAUCUAAAUCUGUCGUUUUUGAGAGAGGCCUUACUCCCAAUGAGCCAACUGGGAUUUACCGUAUAAUAAUCUUAAAUACACCAGAAAAGACAAGCUUGUAAAACCUUGCUUGCACAUUGUGCGUGUUUGUGUGUGUGACAGUAAAAUAUAUUUUUUAAAAGCUUGAAACAACUACAAUCUAGAAGGUGUGUGUGUGUGUGUGUGUGUGUGUGUGUGCGUGUGCGUGUGUCAGCUGUAGCGCUAUCAAACAAGGUGCCCGCCUCACUUUUUAGAUAUAUUAUGGGCUUUGAACUUUUUCAUUUUAAUUUAAAAAGGAUUCAUUAAUGAAGAAUUUCCUGAAUCGAAGCUUCAGUUGACUGGUGGAUUUAAACUGCAACCAUGGUUUCUCUAUCGAGCAGUAGAGUACAGGACAGCCACCAUAUUUGAAGUCCAAUGUCUGGCACGAAAGAAACAUGGAUGCAAACAUAAAUUAUAUUUUGGAAUUUCUAAAUGUUUGUUCCUCUAAGGAUGACCAAAGUUAACGUACCGGACUCCUAAACAAGUUACAGGCAUUUAAAAUGCAUUUUAAUGCAUGUACAUCCAGAAUCACAUUGUAAAAUCCACUCUGAACCCAUCAAUAUGUGAAAUGCCAUAAUGGUCUACCUCAAUCAUCGUUAUGUACAUGUAGUGUAUUACCUGAGUACACACAGGACUUCAACCAAUCAAAUGGGAUUUUGCGGGAAAUCGUUUUCAAAAUAGGUGACAAAUAAAUCAGAAUCACAGUGAUUUAUAGAGGUGUAUUUAAACCGAACAGACAAGUUCAUAUUUGUUGAUUUGAAAGUAUGCUUUUAAGACAUUGAGGGUGUGAUUUGAUUCUGAUAUACAGGAGAAAUUUAAUUUAAUUUUUCAUCUGGUUUUUCUGUAUGUGUAGCCCCCCAAAUAAAUUAAACAUUCCACUGGUUAUAAA